AUGUGUCCUAAUCCUAUCCUAUUCUCUGUUUCAGAGGGUCAUCCUCAGGCUGUCCUGACCCUGCAGUCUGCCUGGGCACAGAUAUUCCCAGGAGAGACAGUCACCCUGAGCUGUGAGGUGGAGGGGGGCUCUGCUGACUGGAGGUUUAAACAAUACCGAAAGGGUCAAGAACAGGCAGUGUGCCAGAAACCCUCACCCAGUAUGGGGAACAGUGUCGGCUGCACAAUCAGUACCCCCCAGUAUAACCACAGUGGAGUGUACUGGUGUGAGUCUGCAUCAGGACAGGAGCGCAGUAAUACUAUCAACCUAACUGUGUCCACACCCCUAGUUCCAGCGCCCCUGAUCAGAUGCCUUGGUGGUGACGUCAGACCAGGAAGAGAAUGGACGCAGUACUACGAGUGAAGCGCUGAUGCGUGUAUUUAUUAAAUAAAAUAGUUAAACAAAACAAACACUGUACAGAAAACAAAACGACACGACGGCCAAAACAGAGACGGACACAAAC